AUGACCGGGAAGAAGCGCGUAGGGGUGAGGCCCGCUCCUUCCUCUCCCGCCGAGGGCAAGGAGAGCGUUCUCAUCUUCACUGCCAAGCACGGGCCCGGUAGACCUAAGAAGGGCCUCGUCCCCGCCGCCGCCGCAAGCCCCGGCUCCAAGCGCGGGCUCAGGAGGCCUAAGAAGGUCCCCGCCCCCGCCGACUCCGAAGGAGAAGGGAGCAACCCCGGAGAAGCAGGGGAAGGGGAGAAAGAGAAUGUGGUGACCCCGAAGAAAAAUGACAAGGGGGAGAAGGCAGAGACCCUGAUGAAGAAGGAGGAGAAGGUGGCGACCCCGAGGAAGAAGAAGGGCGAGAAGCCGGUGACCCCGAAGAAGAAGGAGAAGGGAGGAAAGGCUGCUGCCGAAAAGGAGGAGGAGGAGAUGGCGGCGUCCCCUGAGAAGAAGGAGAAGGGGGAGAAGGCAGUGAUCCAGAAGAAGAAGAAGGAGAAGGGGGAGAAGGAUAAGGGGGAGAUGGCGACGUCCCCGGAGAAGAACGAGAAGGGGGAGAAGGCUGCGAUCCCAGCGGAGAAGGAGAAGGGGGACAAAUCGGCAAACCUGAAGAAGAAGGGGGACAUGACAGUUGUUGGGGAACGCAGGGAUCUGAAAGAUCCGCAACGCCAUAUUUACAUCCAGCUGACUGAUGAUGAAGUCACUGAAGCUGUUAAAAAGAUGCUUAAUGAACCAAUAGACGCAUGCAGCAAAACCGGGCUCAGUCCUUUCUAUGCUGCCAAUAAACCGCCAAAGGCCGAUGAUCCAUUCUGGAAGAGAAAAUCACAACAUAAACCGAUAAAGAAUCCUCGGAUUAAGAUCAAGGCUUCAAAAAAGACAGCAAAAAGAAAGAACGUUGAACCAUCCGAGCCUAUUAUUGAAGAUGAUCCGGAUUCAGAGGUAGAACUUGACUCACUCAGUUCACUUUAUAUACACCUUAUUGACAAUGAUCAUUCUCAGGAUGAAGCGGAAGCCAACCAUGCUGAUGAGGGAACUUCCCAUUCAUCAUCCGGCGAGUCGUCAGCGACACAACUUCCUCCUUUGAAAACCGUCCCUGGUGCUAAAGCCAGACCAAGCAAGAAGGCUAAAUUAAACAAGCCAACCGACCGUGAACCGGCUACCGAGCCGGAGAAAACCCCAGAGGCUAUUGACCCGGAGGCUGGCACUGUUACUGAUAAUCCGGAACCUCAAGCAACUGAUACACUUGUUGAACUGGUAGAAAAUAAUCCGCCAAGCCAGUCAGCUGAUCCCCUUAGUCCAACUGUUGAUCCACCGAGCCCGGCUAAAGAACCUGAUAAACCGCCAAGUCCUGCCAAAACUACAGACGACGAUGUUGUCGUAACUGGCCUUGGUUUCAGCUCCCCUGGUCGUCCUGUCGCUUUAUCAAAGCAUAGCGCCAAAGAAAUUUCUGCUAUGGAUAAAGGGAAAUGGAAGUCCAAGCUAUCCAACUAUUCCAACCUCAGCGCUCAAGAGCUACACUCUGGUUUUUUAAACCGCCUGUAUACAAACCGCGACUUUGAAGCCGGUUUAAUAGGCCUGAUGAAGGAGCGGUAUGAGGCUGAAUUGUCCAAAAAAGACUCCCAAAUCACUGAUCUCCAAGGAAACAUCAAGUCUCAGGUGGACGAAACUUGCAAAGUUAAGAGCGAGCUGACCACCGCUUUAACAACCAUGGAGCGGCUGAAGGAAUUCUUCAAAGGUGAAUGGGCAGAUUGGGCAACUGAAAAGACCACCUUAUUAAAGCGGGCAGAAGAUGCGAAGAACGCCCUUAAACCGGCCACAGAAGAGCUGAGCAGCCUGAAGCGGCAGAUUGAUGCUAUGACCUCUGCCAUCUUUGGUAGCUGUGUUACUCAUCUUGGCACAGAUAUGCGCAAAAGAUUGAAGGCCGUCUAUACUUUGGCAGAGUAG